AUGCUGUGCUUCUGCAACAAACUUGUUAACAGAAACUACGAUAGCAUCAACGAGGCUGAGACUGCCCUGUUACGACGGACUUUGCACGAGGCCCGUCAGCUUUUCCAGCCCCUCUCUUGCAACUCUUCCAACAUCGAACACGACAGAACGCAAGAUACAUUGAAAAGAAAGAAGAACGACGCUCGGUCUGGUACCGAACAAACUAGAAGAUACCAACCUGGAGCCCCGCCGUCUUCUACCCCAGAUCUGUUGACCCCAUUGCCAGCAUUUCCGGAUGCAGAACUGCCAACCUUUAAUCGGCUCAUAAAGACGUAUAUUGUCAACGACCCAGCACCUACUCUUUCUUUACACCCCACGCCUGGUGCGCAAAAACAUCUUGGUGCUGUUGUGCAACUGUUCGUUGCCAUAGAGCAGGUCGGGCAGGACAUCACCUUCCAUUCUGCACUCCGACGCAUCUACUGCUUGGCGUUCGCAAAGCUACACAAGCCCUACACAUCUGUGGAGUGCAUCGCAAAGGAAAUCAGGGAUGCUUUGCCAGACGUUAAAUACGUCAAAGAUAAGGUUACUCAGGUGCUCCACGUUGGGAAAAGGUGGCUGGACAUUAUCCAGCGCUUCGCCGCGAUCGUCAACGCUGACGCCAAGCAACUUACUGGGCUCCUCGGCUUGCUUUCAUCUACCUCCGUCUGGGAGAGAGCUAAGCUUGACACAUGCACGUCCGUACUCGCACAACUUCAUGCGACUACCGCAAUUCACACCCGGGCCAUAGAGCUCACUCCUGGUGUCAACAGUUUUCUUGACCGCAUAAACUUGGAGCGUUCUUUCGUUGAUGAGACGCAGAGGUUUACCUCAAAUCCAAUGUCGAUGGGUAACCGAAGGGCGUUGAAUCGCGUACCCCAACAUAGGUUUCAACAUACAUUGCAUGGGUUGCAACCUUCCUCGUACACUCAAGCGAUAGAAAACAUUUCCUUCUCCGUUCCAGGAUUGAGCGAUGUUGGCAACACAGAUGUUCAUGCCAUGGUGGCACUGCUGUCGUUCUUUCCAACGGGCAAGAAAGUGCCCCUAGCUCUUUUCUUACGCGGAGCGACACCUCGCACACGCUGGACGGUAGAUGGCGACACUCAAGAGCUGGACGCAUUUGGGAGCGGUCUUUGGGCGAAACUGCAAAGUUUGCUUUCGGACAGCCAAAGAGUCCACGAUGCAAUCCUUACGUUGGAAUCAUUGUCCCUCAUUUCGAAAUUUGAUCAGACCUGUUCACUGAGUGGGCAAGCUGCGCAAAUUGUCAUGGAGGCUUUGCCCAUAGAGUCUGCUAAAAUCUGGCAAAGCCAGGCCUUGGUUGUUGCUUACAGAGCAAUACCAUGGAAAAAUCUUGAACUCCCUGUUCCUGACACCAAGGCAUUCCUUCCGCCGCUAAGACAUCUGGUGGAGGCAUUCGAGGAUGAUUUCGAGUCCUUGUCGACUGACACUAGGGUCGACCUCGCGCUAACUCUUCUCGAGGCCUCUCGCUUUUCCAACCUCGAGUGGAAACGCUUUGCGGUUAGGCAAUCGGAGCGCGUAGCGCGUAGCCUAAAUCAUGGAUAUCUUGACCUUUGUAUUGCACAGUCACAGUGCCUUGUGGCUCGACUCGCUGGGGAAAUAGAUCAAAAUUUUGAAGCUGUCCAAAGCCAAAACUUCGAUAGGAGAAUGCAUUCAGCAGCCGGUCUGGAAAACAUUCAAAUUUCUUUGAAUUAUAUGCAAAUCGAGGCCAUGUCAAAAGCUCAGGCAGUCUUGGAGCGCUGGACCCCCAUCGAUCCACCGUCCAGAAUGGAGGAUGUGGUACUCGUCCGUAAACACAUGCUUCUCGGGAGGGUACUGCGAUUUACCGGCAAAUUUGACGAGGCGCUGGCGAAUCUCAACAAAGCACGGAGAUUGACAGAUGACCUUGGGGUAGGCCUUUUCAACGAAGACCUUCGGGAUCUCAUCUGCGACUUGAGCGAUACGCUGCGAGAACUCGACCAUCCAGUCACCGCCGAAAUUCACCUUCGAAAUGAGCUCAAGCGGCGAGAGCAGGGAUGUAGCCCAGCCACCGGUCAAUCUUCCAUACAAUUGUCUCUAGCAGAAGCUCUCUUUGCGCAAACGCGUCUCAAAGAGGCGGCUGCCCUCUGUUAUGAUGUUCAAUCUCGCGUUGGGCUUAAAUUCGAGAGACUGCGCCUACACAUCAUCCUGGCCAAGAUUCAUCACGUCGAGUCCAAAUUCGAAGAAGCUUUGCGCUAUUGGAGCGACGCUAUGCGAACGAUUGGAGAAUUCCCUAGGACUAACGGUUUUAUGACCCGUGUUAUCAUUUUGUCUACUGUUGACGUACUGAGUCACUUGGAGAAGACAGAUGCGAUCAGCCACUCACUCAAGAUGCUGGAGGACCUAGAUAGUCUAGCAGAUCCCCAAUGUGUCCAACACUGGAUAGCAGGGACGCAACAUUGGUUAAGAUUUCUCCCUGCCCCUCGAUGCUGUUUGUAG